AUGAGGUCUAUGUCCCACUCUGAUGACCCCACGACUCUGAAGUCACUUUUGUUUGGCAAAUACGUCAAACCAGAGGAAGGGAUUGAGGAGAUUUUGCAAGAUAUUGAACAGAAUUCGGAAAAUGUCAUAAUUGUGUUUGAUGGAAUUAUGGACACAAUCAGCAAUUCUGUAGUGAAGCGCAUCUUAGAGAAAGACCUUCUGUGUGAUGCUAAGAUUGUGACCACAUGCAGACCAGAGGCAGAAGACUGUGGGUUUUUGUCUGACUGGCCAUCUUAUCGAGUGGAAUGCUUGUAUGAGCACCAGUCACCUGAGGCCUGCCUACUCCUCCUAGAAAAAGUGGGCUACGAGUUUAAUCUCAGUGGAGAACAGCUUGAUCCUCAACAGUGCUGUGCAGUGUCAUAUGUGAUCAACCAAUCCAAAGACAGGAAUGUUCUACUGGACCUGGAGGACUGCUCUUUACUGGAUUCCAUUACACAACUGCAGAUGUGGAAAGUUGCACUUCGCUCUGGCCUACAGAGAGACUGUGACAGUUUGCUGAGACUGUGUGAAUCUGAAAUUCACCUGUCAGUCCAGGAGCAAGAGGUGUGGAAACCAGCAGAAGAGGUUCUGAAGCAGAAGAGACCAGAACAUAUUCAUCUCUGUCUACAUGUUGGUCAAGGCACCCAACAUAUUACCACAUCAUCAAUGAAAAUCAUCUUUGACAGUUUGUCAAACAUUGCAGAUAUCAGGUUCAUUUCACUCAAUGAUCAAGAAACACAUUCAUGGAAUGAGGAAGUGAAGUCAUUCCAGAUGGAUCUUUACAUACAAGGAGCUCUCUAUGAGAUGACGACAGGACAGAAAUGUGUUGAGGGUUUGCGCCCUGUGCUCGCUCAUUUGAUUCACUCUGACUCUAUAGAGGAACAGAGCAAAUUCAUGGUUAGUCUGUACUCAAAGGCCCAUGACACGCAGGAAGGAGUUCUAUCAGUGUUGCAGACUGUUUUACAGACAACUCCUGCAGUAUGGUACAUAGACCUCUCUGAGAAAGUAACCUCUGGCAUCCUUGAAGUGCUGACAUUUCUGAAUGUGAAGAAACCAGUUGAGUUGUGGUGGUCGGAUGAAGAGAGCGAGAGGGAAUUGACCAUUUUCCUUCAGUGUCUACCCUACAUUUCAGAGCUGAGAUUCAAUGACUGCAUUCCAAACACCAAUGAUGCUAUCAAGGUGCUUGUGGAUCUCUUCAUCUGUGCAGCAGCAUUGGAAGGAGACACGCUAAAGAUGCUUUCAUCAGUAUGUGGAUACUCAGCUUUCCCCUUUGCUGAUCGUGACAACGCUGGCCAGUGUGCUUUUCUGUUAGAUCUGUACUCGCAUGUGAGCGACUACGAGACUCAAACAGGCAGAAGUAUCCUUCCAGCGUUACUGCCACUUUACCAGACAGCUCCUGCAGUCUGGUCCAUAGACCUCUCUGAGAGAAAAGCCUCCCUCCUACUAGAAGUGCUGAAACUCCAACCGGAGAAGAAACCAGUGGAACUGAGGGGCUGGUCAGAUGACGAAAGUGAAGUGAGGAGUUUCCUUCAGUGUCUACCCUACAUAUCAUACCUCAGGUUUUUCUCCAGACAGGAUGAGGGGGAGCUGCCUGAAGAGUGGACGAUCACAUUUUUCCCAUGGCUUUGUCAUUUCCUUUUGAAAGUGUUUCUUCAAGGAGCUGUUCAUGACAUAUUGACAGGGCAGAGGUCUGUUGAGGCACUCCUGUCUGCUCUGGGUUUAGCUCAUUCAUUUGACUCGACAGAGAAGUGUAUGCUUCUGUUAGAUCUGUACUCGCAUGCGAAGGACUAUGAGAUUCAAACAGGCAGAAGUAUCCUUCCAGCAUUACAGCCAGUUUACCGGUCAACUCCUGCAGUCUGGUCAAUAGACCUCUCAGAGAGAAAGGCCUCCCUCCUCCUAGACGUGCUGAAAUUCCAACCAGUGAAGAAACCAGUAGAGUUGAGGGGCUGUUCAGAUGACGAGAGUGACGUGAGGAGUUUCCUUCAGUGUCUACCCUACAUAUCAUACCUCAUUUGUGACUGCCAGUUCUUCCUGUCUAUGUGUGAUGCACUCUCUGUGGGUCCUGAGGGAGAUGCACUGCUAUCCCGCUCUCUCCUCCAGGCCCUACACCACACUGUCACAUUGUCAGGGUGGUUGCCCAGUGUAAGCUGCGAGGCAGUAGGAGCAGUCCUAGGCCAGGAACUGGACGAGGAACUGGACGUCACUCUCACCCCACAGAGUAUCUCUCUCCAAGGAGUUAAACUUCUCUUCGAACAAGUGAAAGAGCUUCACAAGCUUAGAAUGAAUGAAAUGGCAACAGUGAAGCUAGCUAGGAUGUCACUUUUGUGCAAAAGGCCAAUGAUCGUUAAGGAGCUGACCCUGGUCUUAUCUAGGCAAAAUCCAACAGAACGGGUGCAGUGUAGAGUAAUCAGUAGUUUAGCUUCACUACUGACAGUGUGGACCAUAAGGAGCUUGGAUCUGACAGACUGUCCCAUCGAGGGUUACCUUCUUGCUACCCUGUUGUGUCAUCAGGGUCCGCUCACAAUCAGACUAAGUGAGGAGAUUCUGCAACAGCUGGCAGUUGUGGUGUAUGAGGCUCAGAAUGAGGAACUGACCCAGUGCUUCCUGGAGAAGGUUGAUGGAGACCUGUCUAACUGUAGACUGGACUGGGAUGUGCUUCACUACAUGCUGAAGAGCACCACACAACCCAUUACCAUCAACCUCAGGAGGAGCAGAAUCAGACAGCAAGACAUGCCUCAUCUUCUCCCGUUCCUGAAUAAUAUUCACUUUCAAAGAAUGAAUUCCCACUUUGAGAGGACAGCUCUGAAAGAAAUACACAAGCAACGUGCUGGUCACAUGGUGACGACUUUAGUGAGGUCAUCAGAUGAAUGGAUCAACUUGAACAACCAGGUCUUGAAACAUGAUGACUGUGAAGCACUGCGCUUUGCUUUACACUACAGUGACGGGGUGAAACUCAACCUGUUGUGGACCGUCAUUCCAAAGGAGGAGAUGGGGAGGAUUCUGACUCUUCUGCACAGGGUCUCUGAACUCAGGGUAGACAGGAAACUACUCCUGGAGCUCCUCCAUGCCUGGACAGGAUUGAUAACACAAACAGAGGCACCCGCUGCACUCUUGAGGGUUCUGAAUCACAAACUGGACCUCUCCUGCUCUUCUGCCAUGGAUCUGUCAGGGCAGGAGGAAGAUACUGUUUUGAGCCUCAGUUCUUACGACUGCAGGGCCAUCUCUGCAGCCAUUAAUAAAUCUGAUGGUGACACAGAGCUGAUUCUACACGACUGUCAGGUUGAGGAUGCAGGACUAGAGGAGUUUUACAAAGAGUCCAUUUUGCAAAGAGUCCAUUUGAGCCUUGGAAAACCUAUUUUGCUGCAGCUCCUUCACCUGAUAUUUGUGGGAGAUGGAGGCAGGUCAGAGAGACUUGCUUCACUACUAUCCAGAGCCCUGGGGACGGAACUGGACCUCAGUCAUACCCCGUUGGACCUGAUGGCCUGUUCAUCACUGGCAUUGAUUCUGGAGCACUCAGAAGGGCUUUCGGAGCUGGACCUCAGCGACUGCCAUCUCACCGACACACAUCUGGAGUUUCUGCUCACACAUCUGCACAAGGCACAAGUCCUAAAUCUGUGCAAUAAUGAAAUAACUGAUGAAGGAGCUGUGAAACUUAACCUAUACAUGAUUGGAAACAGCUUUACAGAAACUGUAUGGCUUUGCAACAACAAGAUCACUGAGCUUGACAGCUUCUUGGCGGAUAAACGCUACAAACUUUGGCCUGCUCACGUGUCUGGAAUGCAGGUCACAAACCGGGGCUCUACCGCUGUGAGAGAAGAGACCUCCAAAGUUUUUUCAAAGACCAAACCCAUUAUCAAAGAAUUUGACCCUGAGAUAGUUGAAGAAGUUGAAGAGAGCAAGAUUUCCUACAGGUUCCAGUGUGGGUUUCGUGGCAAGUUCCAGUGCAGAGCUACAGGGCUGGUAUUUGGGAUGAGGGAGCCAGGUACCGUGGAGUAUAGUGUGGACCACUGGGACAUGCACAUGCUUGCUGACACUGACUCUGAGCUUGCAUGUCCUGUGUUUAAGAUCAGCUGUCCAGAGGGACAUAUGUACCAACUGCACCUUCUUCACUGCGAGACUGAGGUCUACGCAGCUGAGGCUUUGUCUGUGGCUCACAUAUGCAGCAAUAGUCUGGAGAUGCUGGUACCUAAUAGGGUGACAGAUUCACAUGUGAUUAUAAAUAUCAAUGGGCUCUCCAGGUAUACUUUGUACCGCCACAAGCCAAAAACGAAAAAAAGAAUCAAUGGGCAGGUGCUUCUUUUCCUGGAGCUAAACGUUACAGAAGGACAACACAGGCUCUGGGUUUACCUAUUGCCCCGCAAUGUGCCAUACACUGAGGUAAUGAAGCGAAAUAAGAAGCUGGAGUUCAUCCGUGCUUGCUCUGACUGCUACCUAAGGCCCGAAGCCCGAUACAGAGUGACCUCAGACCUCGAACAGGGCUUCAGCGUCCAUCCCAAGGAAAAAUAUUUGCAUAUUCAUAGUGGCCCAGAUCAACAUGCCACAUUUACAGUCUUCUUGGACAGUAAAGUUACCAAAUUGAAGCUGAUGAUUCAUGAGCUCAAGAUGAUGGGGCGAAAGAAGCUGUGGAAAUGCCAAUGGUUUGAACCGAUAUUUCUAAAGCCAGGCAGCAAUCUCACAGAGUCGGACUGGUUGCAGAAUCUGUGUGGCAUCCUGGAGCACCUAUCAGACAAGGAGAUCAAGAAGCUUAGGUUUCUAGUUAGAACCUCAAAGGAACUCCCACAGCCCAGUAUCUCCCACAGUGACCUGGAGGGCUUGGAGGAGCUUCACGAUCUGGCAGAGCUAAUGGUAAAGAGCUGGGGGAUGAAUGGCUCCAUUUCAGCCACCCAACUGCUCAUGAAAGAACUGCCACGCAAAGAUGAAAAAGUGACAACCUUGCUGAUGCCCUUCCUGGAGCAAUGUGUGUCGCUAAAUGGGGCGUGA